AUCGAAAGACAUGACAGCUGUGCCUAUGAUCACCUAGAAGUUCGGGAUGGAGCCAGUGAGAACAGUCCAUUGAUAGGACGCUUCUGCGGUUAUGACAAGCCUGAAGAUAUAAGAUCUACUUCCAACACCCUGUGGAUGAAGUUUGUCUCUGAUGGCACUGUGAACAAGGCAGGGUUUGCUGCUAACUUUUUUAAAGAAGAAGAUGAGUGUGCUAAACCUGACCGAGGAGGCUGUGAGCAGAGGUGUCUUAACACACUAGGCAGCUACCAGUGUGCCUGUGAGCCUGGCUAUGAACUGGGGCCAGACCGAAGAAGCUGUGAAGCUGCUUGUGGGGGACUUAUUACAAAGCUCAAUGGCACCAUAACCACCCCCGGCUGGCCCAAAGAGUACCCUCCAAACAAGAACUGUGUGUGGCAAGUGAUUGCUCCAAGCCAGUACAGAAUCUCGGUGAAGUUUGAGUUUUUUGAGUUGGAAGGCAAUGAAGUUUGCAAAUACGAUUAUGUGGAGAUCUGGAGCGGUCUUUCCUCUGACUCUAAACUGCAUGGCAAGUUCUGUGGCACUGACGUACCUGAAGUGAUCACUUCCCAUUUCAACAACAUGAGGAUUGAAUUCAGAUCGGACAACACGGUAUCCAAGAAGGGCUUCAAAGCACAUUUCUUCUCAGAUAAGGAUGAGUGUUCAAAGGAUAACGGUGGCUGUCAGCAUGAGUGUGUCAACACAAUGGGAAGCUACACGUGUCAGUGCCGGAAUGGAUUCGUGUUGCAUGAGAACAAGCAUGAUUGCAAGGAAGCUGAGUGUGAACAGAAGAUCCACAGCCCAAGUGGCCUCAUCACCAGUCCCAACUGGCCAGACAAAUAUCCAAGCAGGAAAGAGUGCACCUGGGCAAUCAGUGCUAUUCCUGGCCACCGCAUCAAAUUAGCCUUCAAUGAGUUUGAGGUUGAACAACAUCAAGAAUGUGCAUAUGAUCACUUGGAAAUUUUUGAUGGAGAAACAGAGAAGUCACCAAUCCUUGGCCGACUCUGUGGCAGCAAAAUACCAGAUCCCCUCAUGGCUACUGGGAAUGAAAUGUUUAUUCGGUUUAUUUCUGAUGCCUCUGUUCAAAGAAAAGGCUUUCAAGCUACUCAUUCCACAGAAUGUGGUGGUCGAUUGAAAGCAGAGCCAAAGCCUAAAGACCUGUACUCUCAUGCUCAGUUUGGAGAUAAUAACUACCCAGGACAACUGGACUGUGAAUGGUUGUUGGUGUCAGAACGAGGCUCUCGACUUGAAUUGUCCUUCCAGACUUUUGAAGUAGAAGAAGAAGCCGACUGUGGCUAUGACUAUGUUGAAGUCUUUGAUGGUCUCAACUCAAAAGCUAUGGGUCUUGGUAGAUUCUGUGGAUCAGGGCCACCAGAAGAGAUCUAUUCAAUUGGAGAUGUGGCUUUAAUUCAUUUUCACACAGAUGACACUAUCAACAAGAAAGGAUUUUAUAUAAGAUAUAAAAGUAUAAGAUACCCGGAAACCAUGCAUGCUGAGAACUAA